UAAAGAUAGAUGAUCCAAUACCAUGUAAUAAACAUCCAAUACUUAUUAGGUGAAACUAAUAAUGAUGGGUUUGUUUCCAUGGCUCCAUUCUCUCACCAUUCUUCUUCUCUUUGUUAUUACUUCUUCUUCUUCUUCUUCUCCUUUGUGUCAUCCCAAUGAAAGCUCUGCUUUGCUCCACUUCAAAAACUCUUUCACCAUCUUCAACUAUUGCACCUCUCAUUAUAAACUUAAAACAUAUGUCAAUCCAAAUGAAACAAUUUCAUGGGACAUAACAACCAAUGAUUGCUGCAAAUGGAGUGGAGUCACGUGUGAUGACAUCACAGGUCACGUGAUACGUCUUGACCUCAAAUGCAGUGGUCUUCAAGGCAUUCUUCACUCAAACAACACUCUUUUCUCUCUAUCUCAUCUCCAAUCUCUUAUUCUCUCCGGGAAUGAUUUUUAUGGCUCCACAAUUUCAUCUCAAUUUGGUAAGUUUUCAAGUAUGGUUCACCUUGACCUUUCUUACUCUGGCUUCAUUGGUCAACUUCCUAUUCAAUUGUCUUACUUGUCCAAAUUAGUUACACUUGAUUUGACUGAGAAUUAUGAUGUGAAACUAGAGACAUAUAGUUGGAAAACCAUUGUUGCAAAUCUAACAAAUCUUAGAGAAUUGUUUCUUAGUUAUGUUGAUAUGUCUUCUACUUCACCUCAUUCCUUUAUGAAUCUUUCAACUUCUUUAACAUCUCUUGAUCUUAGUUUAAGUCGUUUGCAAGGUAAAUUUCCAAAAAAUGUUCUCAAUUUGCCAAAUCUUCAGCGACUCGAUUUGAGUCAAAAUAUCAAUCUCAAUGGCUCUUUUCCAAAAUACAAUUGGAGCAGCCCACUUAGAGUGUUGAAUCUUUCUAGCUCUGGAAUUGUGAUAGAUAAUAUACCUUAUCUUUGUCGAAAGUUGAAGUACUUACAUGCUUUGUCUCUUAGUGAUUACAAAUUCUUAAGACUAUCUCCCACAUUGCUUGACAAUUGCACACAAAUCACUUCCUUAGACUUUUCUUCUAAUGAUUUUGAAGGUUAUAUUCCAUGGUCAUCAAUUUUAAAUCUACAAAAGCUAACAUAUUUAGAUUUUUCAAGGAAUAAUUUCAUAGGUCAAAUUCCGAAGUUUUGUAGUAACUAUUUAAACGAAAAUUCAUCAUUGUGUGUCUCUCCUCUCUUGUUUUUAACAACCCUGGAUUUAUCUGUAAAUAAGCUUAAUGGGACAAUACCUUCUUGGAUAUAUUCCCUUCCUUCAUUACAAUAUAUAGGUCUAAGUUCCAAUAAUUUCAGUGGUAACAUUCAGGAGUUUCAACAUAAUUCAUUGGUAUAUCUUGGUCUAAAUUUUAAUAGCUUACAAGGCCUGUUUCCAAAAUCAAUUUUUCAGCAAGUAAAUCUCACUUCUUUGAAUCUUUUAUCAAAUAACUUGAGUGGUGUCUUGCAAUUAGACCAGUUUUUAAGGUUGAAAAAUCUCAAAGUCAUUCAAAUUUCUAAUAAUAAUUUUUCAUUUGUAUCUAAUAAUAAUAACAAUAAUAAUAACAAUACUUUUCCCAAUACUCUUUCUAGAUUGUAUAUGUCUUCAUGUGGUAUGAGUGAGUUUCCAUACUUCCUAAAAAGCUUGAAAAAUUUAGAACACUUGGACCUAUCCAACAAUCAAAUUGAAGGUAGUGUUCCUCAAUGGUUAUGGAAUAUGGGUAAGGAUUCAUUGCUUGUCUUAGAUCUUUCUCACAACUCUUUGACCCAAAUAGAUCAAAUUCCAUGGAAGACUCUACAAUUCAUUGAUCUUCGCUUCAACCAACUUCAAGGUUAUCUUCCAAUCCUCCCACCUCAUACAUCAUUCUUUUCAAUUUCCAACAAUUUAUUCGUAGGAGAAAUAUCACCCGUGAUUUGUGAUCUCAGUAGCCUUGAUGUCCUUGAUUUUUCGAAUAACAAUUUGAGCGGGAACAUUCCUUCAUGCCUAGGAAAUUCAAGUUCUCUCAGAGUGUUAGAUUUGCAAAAGAAUAAGUUUCAAGGAAUCAUUCCUCUAGCUUUCGCAAAGGGAAACAGCCUAAGGGCUUUGAAUCUUAAUGAAAAUCAAUUAGAAGGGUCAUUGCCAAAUUCUUUGCUCAAUUGUAAAGAGUUGGAACUUUUAGAUAUUGGAAACAACAAGAUAAAUGGAUCCUUUCCAUGGUGGUUGGAAUCUCUUCCAAAACUUCAAGUUCUUACCUUGAGAAAUAAUAGAUUUCAAGGUCCAAUAGGCAAUCCCAAGAUAAGAAAUCCCUUUCAAACUUUGAGAAUUAUAGAUCUCAGUGGCAAUGAAUUCACUGGCCAUUUGCCACUAAAAUAUUUUGAGAAUUUUGUGGGAAUGAUUGAUGCUACUUCUGAUGGCUUGAACUACAUGGCAACAAAUUCCUACCAAAUGGGCUAUUAUCAAAUCAGUUCAUUGACUAUAAAAGGAAAUUAUGUUGGGUUACUGAAAAUCCAAACCAUGCUUAUAGCCAUUGACUUCUCAAGAAACAACUUCAUUGGAAUGAUCCCAAACUCAAUUAGUAAACUCAAUUCACUCAAAGGUCUCAAUUUUUCUCAUAACAAGCUAAUUGGUAAUAUCCCGUCAUCAUUGGGAAAUUUGAGCAAUCUAGAAUGGUUGGAUCUCUCCUCAAACGAGCUCAGCGGGAAGAUUCCAUGGCAACUGGCUGCAAAUCUGAAUCAACUCGGAUUUUUGAAUCUUUCUGUGAACAAAUUGGAGGGACCAAUACCUCAUAGCCGACAAUUCGAUACAUUCAAUGAAAAUUCAUAUAAUGGGAAUUCGGGUUUAUGUGGAUUUCCACUCUCUAAAUCAUGCAACGAGGACAAACCAUCAUCACCAACCUCUCAAGAAGAAGAGAAUGAGGAGCAUGGGAAUGGAUUAUUUAAUUGGAAAAGUGUGUUGAUGGGAUAUGGAAGUGGAAUGGUUAUUGGUAUUUCUGUGGGAUACAUGGUCCUUACACAUAAAAUCAUUGAUGGGAUUGUCGAAAGAGUAAAAGGAGAACAAUGGCUUCAAUUGGCAAAAAGAUCAAAGCGAAAUGCUCGUCAAAAUUGUAGAAUUGGAAGAAGUUAGUUUACAUUUUCCGCUUUUCAGCGAUAUAAUACCUCAUAAAGGUGCUAGACAACAUGAGUAUAAUGUCAGCCCACAACACUUCUUUUUUUGCUCUUUCUUUUUCUUCUUCUUUUAUUUUGUUUCUAUUCUAUAAUAAAGUCUUAAAUGAAAACAAACAACUCUAAUACAAUCUCAAUAUUAAUAUAUGGUUUGAUGA